AUGGAUCAAAGACUGCCCAAACGCAUCCCACUUUCUGAUCUAACUCUUCUAGACGAAGGAUGGACUAUCAGUGUUCGCCGUCGACUCCACCUAUGGCCCCCCCAGCAGUGGGCACAUGGGAGUCCCUCCGGCAAUCUCUAUCCAAUCGACACCAAUGUCCAGCAUCUGGGGCUCGAUAGCGGCAAUGCGUCCUUCACAGGCCACGCGGCGGCUAAAUGGCCUGGAGCUACUAUGGACCCAGCUCGUGAGUGGUCUCAACAGCGCCAGUCACUAUUCACCACUGGUCGAGUUUGA